AUGAGUGAGAAGGCCAAAGACAGGGAUAUGAGUGGUCUGCAAAGUUCUCCACCCUGCCCAGGAGCAUUCCUGUAUAUCCUUAAUUGUUUUCUUGUGUUGCUGCUCCAGAAGGUGGCUCUUGGCUGUCCAGCUGCUUGCCAGCUCUGCACAGGGAGACAAGUUAGCUGUCGUAAUUUAGGGCUUUCGAGCAUCCCACGGAACUUUCCAAAAACAACAAUUCUUGUGUACCUCAGUGGGAAUAAUAUAUCGUAUGUCACUCCGAAUGAACUAAGAGGCCUUCAGAAGCUUGCUGUGCUCUACAUGGAUAACUGCAGUAUUUCAUAUGUACACCCAAAAGCUUUUGUGGAACUCCCGAAACUGUACUACUUGCACCUAAAUAACAAUAAUAUUAAACGCCUGGAUCCAGGAAUCUUUGAAGGUCUUUCCAGUCUUCAUUGUUUAUAUCUUCAGAAUAAUCAAAUAGCUUUUGUUCCCAGAGGAUUAUUUAGUGAUCUCCUUUCUGUUAGAUAUUUAACACUUCAAAGAAAUCGUCUCAGUGUCCUUGGAAGUGGGACUUUCUUAGGAAUGAUAAGUCUCCAAACACUUAACCUAGCCAAUAAUAAGAUUUCACGGAUAUCAGAUUCAGCAUUUCAUCAUCUUGAAAACCUCGCAUAUUUGUUUCUUGAAGGUAAUAAUUUAACACUUGUGCCAUCAAAAGCUAUUGGAAGGCUCAGAAAUCUGGAAAGACUUUCUUUGUCUCACAAUCCCAUUGGAUCGAUAAAUCCUUUUGCAUUUAAAGGACUUACCAAGCUCAGAUAUCUCUCUUUAAAAAACAUGAAGCUAAACCAUAUUGCUGUAAAUGGAUUUUUUGGAUUAAGCAACCUUAGUCAAUUAAUCUUAAGUUAUAAUGAUCUAGAAAAUAUAAAUUCCAGCACUUUUGCUUUAUUGAAUAAUUUAAUGUAUCUGCAGCUAGACAGAAAUAAAAUAACCAGCAUUGGUGGUGGUACCUUUGAAAAAAUGGGACAGUCACUUAAAAUACUCAGCUUAGCAUUCAAUAAUAUUACUGAGUUACACCCUGAAGUGGUCAAGCCCUUAGCAUCUUUAACUCAUCUACAGGUAAAUUAUAAUCCUUGGAACUGCAGCUGCGAAAUGCUUGGGUUACUUAAUUGGUUAGCAUCAUCUCCUAUUUCUGUAAAAAUUCAUUGUUGGAAUCCCCCGAGUAUGCGUGGUAGACCUUUGCAUUACAUUAAGUGGACUCAGUUUGCAAACUGCAGUGACCCUACUGCCAGCCCAGAUACAGCCUGGAGUCUGGGGUCGGCAGGUGUCCGUCACAGUGCUACCACAUUGCUGAUGGCGUGGCAUAAGGGAAACAGGCACAACACAUUUGAACCGUUUGAGCAGUUUGUCAAUGCAGAAACUGAAUACGUUGCUUUCUGGGAGGGCAUUACAGCUACAGCUGCUAACCCAUUGCCCUAUGAGGAAAAUGCUGCUGAAAUUCUAUCACGGGCAACUACAGUAUUAUCAACAUUAGCAGUGCAAAUGCCAGCACAGAUUGUACCUGUUAACAGAACCGUAGAAGAAAAAGGGUUACUUCCAACAGAUGCUGCUCCUGUAUCGUUAAAAACAUCCCUGUUUUGUACACAGCAGGUUGAAAAGCUGAAUCAGGCUUUUGACAUUUUACUAGCCUUUUUCAUUCUGGCUUGUGCUGUGAUCCUAUUCUUAACCUGUAAAAUUAUUCAGUUUAGGCAGAAACUAAAGGUGCUGGAAAACUCAGGGGAAAAGAGAAUAGAAUAUUAUGGUUUUUAUCAGCCUGGGAGGUACAACGUAACAGACCCAGUGCAGUCUCUAACUCGGAAUUCAAUGGGGCAUUCAGAACUAGACCAAAUUAGGCUGCUCAAGCGAACAGCAUCUGAAAGUCAGGCACAGGUCAUAUUAUUUGAACACUCAUCAUUGUAAUUUAUCUCACUUCAUUUGAUGUUAACUUUAUUGUGGUCUGAAAUGUCAAGAAAUCAAGAAUUCAGUUUUCUAAAAAUACAUUCACUGAUGAAAAUCAGUUGGUCGAAUUGUGGAAAAUGGUAUAAUUUGGGUUCUGCAUCAUCAUUUGCUUCCUGCAUAUUUUGAUGUUUAUUUUAUUAGAAGGAAUCAUUCAUCUAUAACUCAAGCAUAUGUGCAGUAUAAAGUACACACAUAUUUAUUUUGCAGUACUUAAUGGUAUAAAUUUCUAUAGUAAUUCCACAGCUAACUUGAAGCUUUGAAACAAGCAAAACCUCAGGUUUUAGCAGGAUCAGGAAGCCAAGAAACCUGGGAGAAUGGGGGAAAAAACAUUAAUGCUUCAUCUAUUUAUUGUAAUGUAGUUUCUACUCUGCCUCUGCUAAUCAUCACAGUGGGGAAAAAAAUUAGUAUAUUUACCUCUAGCAUGUUCAAACUCUUGAGGAAAAUAGAAAUUUAAAAUUAUAAUAAUUUUAUUCAUAUGUAUGAUAUCUUAAUAUACAAAAUUGUGUAUUCGGUCUGUAUAAUGAGUAUAUUAAAAUGAUUUUUUUGUUUGUAUGCAUCUGUAUCAUUUUAUGAAAAUACCUGAAAUUAGAGUUAAUAAGAAAACUAGAUUUCUAUUGGAUUGAAAAAUUGACCAACUUUAUUAUAUCUAAGGUAAUAGAUCUGAUUAAUUAUUGUCAAUAAAAGAGUUGUUGUCAGGAGUUUUUUGCUAGAUAAGAGGUGUACUACAUAAGAAAUAUACUACACUGUAAAUACAUAAUUUUAGAUUAACUGGUGAAGAUAUUUACAUAUUUGUGAUGUAUAUUUGGAAGUGUAAGGUCUUAGUGGAGAGCUGAUUUUAGGCUUCAUCUUUGAAAGAUGGAUGUUAUUUCACUAUAUAGCUUGCAUUUGUUUUAACUUUAUAUUUCCAUUUUGAAUAUUGAUGCUCUAUUGCAUUAUUGUCAGGUGAUGUCUGGUGUGGUGUAGCUUUAUUGUCAACCUGCAUGUCUGUGAUUCCGUAAUUUAAACUUCAUUCAGGAAGAAAUAGAACAUAAAAGUAUAUUCCAGAUAGUCCAAUCCUGUAAAAUGUUCACCUAGCUGAAUGGGACUUUUGGUGAUACUGUUUGUCUUCUACAGGCCUGUGCCCUGGAGGCUUAAACCGCUUGGUUUACAGGCAGUACAAUUUAUCGUUAGGUCAUUUUACUCAAGGAAAAAUGGAGAAUAAUGUUUUGAUUGUCUGUCCUCCAUGGCAUCAAUUGAAGUAGUGUGGAAGUAUCUUGCUGUUCCAGCAUCCAGCCUGGAGACCAGGGCAUUCUCCAGAUAACCAGAACUGCCAUCAGGGUUCUUUUUCUAGCCCGCCUGCUUUCUGCUGGUGCAACUCCUGUGCGUGGCUGUGUUGUGCUGCUCCCUAUCAUGCUGUUUGUCCAUCUCCAGCUGCUUUCCAGAAAUUACAGAUGCUAUCUGCUACUAGUACAUAUGUAGUGCUAUGACUGCACUGUGUGCGUGUUGGAUGUGCAGGUGUGCCUCUUGGUGCUUGUUAAGUGUCUCAAUUGAAUGUCAUGAAAUAUUAAUUUACUAUAUUUUAAUAGUGCAUUUUACUGUAUAAUAAAAUAGUUUUAUUUUAUGGAACACUUAAUUCAGCUACUUAGACAAAAGCUUAAACGAUUUUGGAUUGCUUGAGUAAAAACUUUUUUAUAAUUUUCUACUUGGACAUCAGAUGUUAAAUGUAAUGGGUAGAUGUUUUUGAGGAAAGAAACAUUGAGUAGUUCAUGCUAAAUUUUUUUUAGGUGGCUGAUCCAUUAUGGUCUCUUCCUCUUUAAUCCAUUUUUGUUGUUUUCCGCCUCUCCUACAUAAUUCCUCAUGAUAAGUGUUAGAUUUGUUUUCACUUACAACAGCUGCACAGUCAGUGAUUGCAGAGUAGCAGGUUCUGCAGUUUUAUGUGCUGUAUUUCUAGAUUUUCAAUUUUAUAUGGAUGUCUUCAGAAAUAGUGGACUUAAAAUUCAGUGGAAGCUAGUUAACUAUGUUUUCAUUGCUAGAAAUGCUGCAGUGCCUUUGUUAGAGAGGAGUUUUGGGAGUGGCAAAGGUUGAGACUGAAGAAAACAAGUUCUCAAAAAAAUUUGGUGGGAGACAGCUCUGUUUUAGGCUCUGAUUUCCACAGCUCAACAGAAGGGCAUGACAAGUUCACUCUGGAAGUGUGUCCCUUCCAGCUGCUGUAGGAGUUGUUUGCCAGGUAUGAAUCUCACUGUCUGUAGUGAUGUAGCAUGAAAGGAAGCCGGUACUGUCAGAGCUGUUUUUGCAAGCAAAGAGUUGGAGCAGUUGGAAGCUGUACUUUGGAUUGGAGUCAUCCUCUAAUAUCCACCUUGCCAACAAUUUGGAUCAGACUAGUAAGGAAUUGGGAGAUUCAUUAUGCAGUUGUGGGGGAUAUACCUUUCUUUUGCAGUUAGUAACUUUUGUAUUUUAAAUGUUCAUGCUAGGAAACAGAUUCUGUCAUUUACAGGUGUGGUUCAUGCAUCUAACUAUUAAUCAUUAGAUUAAUUAGUCAUUAGCAGAUUUUUAAGUCUACCCUUAUGAAGCAAAAUGGCACUUUAUGGUCAGCUGUAGUACUCCCCUGGAAAGUUGUCUUAGUUUAGGAGCUCCUUAGCACUGCAGUUCCUAAGAGGGGUGUGUGUAUGUGAAAUAGUCAUUUACAUUGCUCACAUUUAUAUGUGCAAAGUAAUCUCUGUCCCACUCUGCCUCUUCUCUUGGCUAAUGAGAUAAGAAUAAAGAAUCCAUCUUUCUCAAAUCUACUGUACACUAGUAAGGAUACAAAAAUUAACGUUUUUCCCUUUUCUGCUGUUGGCUGCUUCACCCUGGUAGAGGUAGAAAAGUGGAAAAGUUUCUUAUGUUACUUUUAAACUCUAAAAUGAAGUAUGUUUUCUCACACAGAAUUUUUUCUCCCUUUCUGAUAGGCUGAGGAAGAUGCAUAGCAGACAUGGGGACCAUUUUAUUUAAUUACCCCUGAAAAUUUAUCGUUAUAUAUGUUUUAUGAUAAUAAAUAUUUACAGUGGUUAUUUAUAUAAUGGAAAUACAGAUUCUGAAUAAAACCUCAGGGUAAUAAAGAUGUUGAAUAUAUAGCUGAGUGUAUUAGAAAUGAUAGACAGAAUGAGAAAACAAAAAGUAUUACUUAUUUUUAGAACAGAUGUGAUCUGGCUUUUUUCCCUUGCAAAGGUUUUAUCUGACAAAUUAUGCAAACUUUGAAAUAAAAGUUUUGAGAUUAUUCAUGUACAAACUGCCCUAAUAUUUGCUACAUUUUGUUUUCGUUAUAGGCAAGGUGAAUUGUAUUUACAGACAGCAUUAAUGUGUGUUAAUUGUAUCUUUGAAACUGAAUUCUGGAGUGGCUUAAUCCUAGCAACUUACAGAUGUUAUAAUGCUUUAAUUCUGGUUCUGUUUUUUGAUAUUUUUGCUGCAUAACAGAUGAGGUUUUGUCCUGAUAACUGGGGGAAAGCAGGUGGUUGUAAAAAAAAAAAAAGUAAAAACAUUUAUAACUUGACGCUGUUGUUAUUAUUUUGCUGAUCUGGAUUAUAUGCAAUUCAAAGGGGGAACUGGUUAAAUGGUGCCUUCCUCUGGAGUAAAGAUUUUGGUAGGGACAAUAUUAACUGUUUGAUUUCAAACAUUCAUCUAAAUACAGUGUCCCUGUCUUUUCUGAAUCUACUCAUGUGACUUUCUAAAGUAUUUCUUGAAACAAGCAGGCCAAUUCUAGUCUUUUUAAAAAGUAUUACAUUAUUUUCCUUGGCUGUCUUUUCUAUGAAAAUAAGGCCUGAUGCAUUUUAUAUUUGCACUGAACUUCAGUUGAGGUUUCUUCUUUCCAAAUCACAAUGAACCUUUGCUGUCUUUAUUUUUCACCAGCAUGUGUCUUGUA